GCUACAGUGUCUUUUGCCAGAAAAAAGUAUGGCUGCUAUCGGCGAACUUUGUAAGACUGCCCAAGAUCACAAAACGUUGGUGUCAACCACUGGAUAAUUUACAAUGUAGACUUUCCUGAGCCCAACGACAAAUCCCAGUAGAAUUUCAAAGAUGAAUAUAAUGCGUAAAUUGAGAGGAGCUGGUAGCAUCAGCAGUAUGAGCUCUACUAGCACUGGAAAUAUAGACAACUUAACAGGAGCUGAAAAUUCACAGCAUACAGCUCUUGGACUGAUGCACUUAAAAAAACUAUUUUCUGAAUAUACACAUCCACCUCAUACAUUAUCUGAUACUGAACGAGAUGACAAACUGUAUAAUAUGCUACCAUUAUUUGACAAAGUAUUUAGUAACAGCCCAUCGGGAGACAUGAACGAAAAGUUUUGGGAUAUUCUGGCUUUUACAAAAGAAGUAUCUAAUUUAAUGGUAGCUGAAAUUCGCAAAAGAGCCAGUAAUCAGAGUACAGAAACAGCAAGCUGUGCAAUUGUAAAAUUUCUUGAAAUUGAAAAUAAUGAAGAGUCAAGUAAUGGAUGGAUGUUACUAUCAGCCUUAAAUCUAUUAGCAGCAGGCGACACAUCAUUAAUUCAAGAAAUGACUAUGGCUUCGGUGCCUUCAACUUUAGUCAAGUGUCUAUAUUUAUUUUUUGAUCUGCCGGAAAUGAGUGCAGAAGAAGCUGAUGUAACCACUGUAAAUAGUGAGUUUACACCAAGAGAAAGGCGAAUACUGUUACAAAAAAUAUUUGUUCAGUUACUUGUAAGACUAUGCAGUCACCCAUAUCCAGCAGAAGAACUAGCAAGAAAAGAUGACCUCACUUUACUUUUCUCAGCAAUUACAAAUUGGUGUCCAUUAUACAAUGUAAUGUGGCGUAAAAGUGCUGCAGAAAUAUUAAUGACCUUAUCGCGACAUGGAUUAACACAAAGCGUUGUAGCUUAUAUUCACAACAAGGGGUGCAUAGCACUUUGUAUCGAUAACAUGCAACGUGUACCUGAAUUAGCGCCGUUAGAAGUAGUAGAAAUGUUUGUCACUGUAUUUUGUUUUCUAAAAGAUUCUAGCGAGGUAUCUCAAACUCUACUAGAUGAUUUCCGGGCUUGUCAGGGUUAUAUAUUUCUAUCAGAAUUUCUCUUAAAGCAUGCUCCAUCACGCUUGGAGCAAGACGAUAAAGCUGAAGCUCAAGAUGCUAUAAGAAACUUAGUAUUAAUGUUGGCAUCUUUGACUAUGUGUGGACAUACAGAAUUAAAACCAAGUACAGCUAGUAUGGGGUCUUUAUUUCAAAUGCUUAAUUUCACUCUGCCUCAGCCAAGUAACAGAGGCGGCAGUGUUCGUAACAUACAAGCUUUUCAAGUGCUACAGUCAGUUUUCAUAAAGUCAAACUCUCCACUUCUUUGUUGUACAAUACUCGAUGCUAUUUCUAGCGUCUAUCACAGUGACAACGCUAAUUAUUUUAUCCUUGAAGGCCAAAAUACAUUAUCUCAGUUUGCAGAAAAAAUUCACUUGAAAAAUUUAGAAAUUCAAGAAAAAUUUUUUCAGCUCUUAGAAUUUAUAGUAUUUCAGUUGAACUUCGUGCCUUGCAAGGAACUCAUAUCGUUGUCUAUAUUAUUAAAGUCUAACAAUUCAGUCACAUGUAGUAUAAUGUGCAUGGAAACGCUCAUUCGCAUACUUCGACACAACGUAAUAUUUAAAGACGUAUACAGAGAAGUAGGCUUAUUAGAGGUAUUUGUCACAUGUUUAAAUAGAUAUGCAACUUUGUUGAAAGAUAAACAAGCCGCAUUUGAUCAGGGUCAAGAGUACAAAAUGUGUCCAAAACAAGAGAAGUUAGGAAGUUUAAUUAUUGAAGCAUUAAUGAUUUUACUGGCGGGAAAUGUUCAAAACGCAAAUGUCUUUCGCGAAUGUGGCGGAGCACGAUGUGCUCAUAAUCUCGUUCCUUAUUUAGACUGUAGAUUUCAAGCACUGGGAAUCGUUCGAGAAUUGAUACUCAGUGUUGGUGGAGAUGAUGACAUGGCUACUUUGCUUGGUGUUAUGCAUUCAGCACCAUCUAAUGCGCUCGUUUUAAAGACACACAUUUUGAAAUCACUACUUGCAUGUCUUCGAGAAUCUCAUCGUACUCGUACGGUAUUCAGAAAAGUUGGAGGAUUUGUCUACGUUAUGUCAGUUUUGGUAUCUAUGGAAGGUCAUCUGGGCCCACCAGCUUGCCAAAGCUCAGAGCCCUGCAAUGACGUAGCCCAUAAAACUGUUCAUGAUGAAGCUCAAAUGUUGACUCUAUUGCACGUAGUAUUUCAUACGAUAAGUACUGCUAUGCGAUUCGAGCCAGCAAAUGCUAAGUUUUUUCACCAAGAGAUAUGUCAAUCCAGUCUUUGUGACACUUUGAGACUUCUAGGCAGUUUCACGACUCAAACGAAACUAGAAGCGUCUGAAACUGCUGUUAAUAUGAAUUUUCAUAACACAUGGUUAUCCUUGUUUACUGGCAGUGUACUAGAACCGAGCUUUCCAGCCGAAAUUCCUCAAGUUCUUGGAUAUGCGUGUCUACUAUUCCGAUUGCUUUACGACGUAGCCUUAGAUGCUUUUGACAAGCCAAGUUUAGCCGGUAUAGGGAUGAAAUCGCCGAGUCAUAAACAAUCUAGUAUAGAACAUCAGAGAUCCUUGGAUUCUCCAGGAAGCGGCAAACGCCCAAAUCUAAAUUCAUUGAAUUUGAAUCCACCUAUACCAGAACCGAUUAUAGUUCAUCCUGGAGUUGUUGUUGGAAUGCUUCAUCUACUUCCAUCGGUACCCGAUGAACCAAAUCCCGAGCUAGCUCUCACCUUGCAAAUAUAUAUAGCAGAUGUUAUAAAAAGCUUGGUGCGUUCUGAAAGGAACCAACAGGUCAUGUGUGACGCAGGCAUGGCUGGUGAAUUAUUAAACGUUGGUCGACUUGCACUUCAAGAUGAAACUCACCCUCUUCAUCAAUCUCUCCAAUACAUCAUAGAACGUCUUGCUGCUCAAUCUUUAGAACCAAAAGAUCUCAGGGAAUUUCUAAGACUAGGAGAUCCAUUAUGCUGCAUUUCUUUAGACGAGAUCGAGCCAAAAAAUCCUCGCGGUAGUCCAGUUCCGUUAACUCGAAUAAAAACAUUAGUGUCGAUGACAACGCCUAAAGAUUUUCGAGCGCACGGAUCCUGUACAUUACCUCCGUUUGUUGAAUUUGACAUGAGUGCGGAAGGUUUUGCUUGCCUUUAUUUGCCUAGUAUUGCUCCGCAAAGUACUACACCACCAACAGUAGUAUCCACUGAUAACAGUGUCUUAGGUGGAAUUGGAUCAGGAGACAGACUUUUUCCUCCACAAACUGGUUUAACGUUCAGCACGUGGAUAUGUGUAGACAAGUUCAGCGAUCCACGAACAGAUGCUCAUUGCGUAAGAUUACUCACAUUGAUUCGAAGUCCUCCAUCAGGGAGAGACUUGAUAUGCCUAUCUGCAGUUCUUAGUGCUAGAGAUAAAGCUAUUGUAGUGUCUACUCAAGAGACCGCCCUCCCGCAAAACAUUGGAGAUUGGGAACCCGAAGGUACUGGUGAAUGCGGCGCUCGAGUUUGGUGUCCUGAUUUAUUACACGAAGGACAGUGGCAUCAUAUUGCAAUUGUCUUGAACCGCGCUGUUUUAAAGAACUCUAGUUUCUCGUUGUACUUGGAUGGCCAGCAUAUCCAUAGCCAAAAGCUCCACUACAUCACUCAGACUCCUGGAGGAGGCGCUGCCAACUUAACAAUCGCAUCACCAGUUUAUGGCUAUAUAGGUACACCUCCAUGUUGGCGACGGUACUCAAGACUCACCUGGAAACAAGGUCCAUGUCACCUUGUCGAGGAAGUUUUCAGUUUUCAGAACAUGCAGCAUUUAUUCAAAUUAGGCCCACAUUAUAUGGGAAGUUUGCAAGCUCCGCAACUGUCAGGUUCGGAGCCCCUGUCUUCAUUUGUAUCAGAAGAAAAAGUUGUAUUCGGUUUGAAUGCUAAAGCAAUGUCACAACUAACGCUUGCUAAAAUAAGAAAAGUUUAUAGUCGAGCUGAUAAUAAAUCGAUCGCUAAACAGCUCGGAAUGUCAUCUCAUGAAAAUGCUACUCCCAUAAGAGUUUUACAUAACUCAGCUGGCCAUUUAAGUGGCCCGGCAAGAGCUUUGGGUGGCGUUGUAGUUGGUUAUUUAGGAGUUCGAGUUUUCAAUCCCAAACCUGUUGCAAUAAUGAUUGAUAACGUCGGUGGAUGUUCAGUAUUACUAGGAAUGAUUGCUAUGGCUCAAGAUGUUGAAUCGCUUUAUGCAGCUGUUAAAGCUUUAGUAUGCGUAGUUCGUUCAAAUCAAGCGGCUCAACUGGAAAUGGAUAGACGUAGAGGAUAUCAAACUUUGGCAAUGUUGUUGAGACGAAAAUGUCCACUUUUAAAUUCUCAUAUUCUGCAUUUAACGUUUAGUUUAAUCGGGACUGUUGAUAGUGGAAGAGAAACUAGUGCCAUUCCUAACGUGACUGCAUUCCAAGAUCUACUUUGCGAUUUACAAGUUUGGCAUGAAGCUCCCGGGGAACUACUUCGUUCCCUGCUCGAACAUUUAUAUGAACUAGUUGCAGAAUCUAGUGAAAAACGCGCUAAUCUUCGACUUAUGAGAGAUUUACAACUAGUACAUAAGUUAUUGAUGAUUUUGAGCGAUGUUAAACAAAAUACUACUCGACAAGUUCUUUUGGCCCUACUUGGAAUAUUAUUGAGUCAACCGCGAAAUACAGAUUUAUUAUGGUUUGGGCAGUUUAUUGUAGCAACGUUACCUUUGACUUCUGAAAAAAGUCUUAUUUUGAGAGAAGGUGAAGGAAAUAAAGAAGGAGAAGGAGAAAUCAUUCUCUUACGCAAUCGUUGUCUUCAAUUGUUUCAUUCACUUUUAUUCAAUGGUUCGAAAAUCAAUACAAGUAUAUGCGAUGAGGUCUCAAAAGUAUUAGGAUUAGACUGGAUAUUGCUAUUUCUUCAACCAGGACUUCAUAGCACGACUGUUAUAUGGGGUCUGAGAAUUCUCGUUGCUUUGUGUUCAGUACAACCACUUUUGCAGAAAUUUAAAGAUGGCACACAUAGCGGAGGUUGGUUACGAUAUACGGAUCACAACAAGAUAGGUAUUGUACUAGGAUAUUCUCAGCAAAUAACAAGCGGAGAAACAAAAACAGCAGGGCAGCAUGUUCCAGGAUUUCAACAUCUAGGAUGGUUACUUUCACAACAUGUAGAUCUGGUUCCUGAACUUUAUUUCUUAUUUAUUGCUUUAAUGAUGGGACAGCCAAUAAAACUACUGCCUGCUGAUUCUAAACUCGACUUGGACAAUGUAUGGAAUUUCAUGUUUGGUGUACCUGCAAGUUACUCUCUAUCUUCAUUUGCACCUAGAAUAAGCCUAUGUCCUGAAGCUAUUGUGACACUUUUAACGAUGGUCCGAACUAUGAUUUAUAAUUGCUCAAGCGCCGACUCUUCACCUGACUGGCUAAGUGACUAUCCAGUGACAAUAAUUCAGUUUCUAUUCUUUCUUUAUCAUAAUUUCACGGAUUUUAUGCAAUUGUUCAUGAGUGCAGAUGUUUUGGGAGCUUUAGCCGGAACACUAUUUCCUAAACCUAAUAAUUCUAGUCUUGACAGCAGUGGUACAAGUACUCCGGCUGACGAGCAAGAGCCAGUACUAGUAAAAUCGCCGUCGAAGGAUUUGGGAUUGACAAAUCAUGCAGUACGAAAAUUUGUCAUGGACUUUUUACGAGUUAUUGUAGUCGAUUCGCUUUCUUUACCUGUGUCAACAAAAUCACCUGCCGCCAUAGAUCUCAUCUUGGACGCUUGGCCCGAACAUGCGUCUACAAAUCAACAGACCCAGUACCAAACAGAAAUUUUAUCUAUUUUAAUGGAUCACUUAUUGGUAGCUGAUAUUCUUAUUGGUGAACAAGCGGCCUUGCCUGUUGUCCCUGGUGGUUCUCCCAAUAACAUUACGAACAAUGUGUGCUAUCUAACGGCUCGAAUUGUCGACAAAUUGUGGCAAGGCUCAUUAAUCAAAGAUCCUCAUGAAGUAUUUGAUUUCAUAGUUAAACUUAUUGGUCAAGCAAAACGAAGACCUGGUUCUGUAAGCAUGGAAGGUCUUCAUCAUUGCUUAAAUAGAAAUAUUUUGUUUUUAUUGUCCCGAUCUACUGAUUCUAUUGCUGAUCAAAUGGCUGUUUUAGAAGCUCUGCAUAAACUUACAACACAUAGGUUGCUUGUGUUUGGUGCUGGAAAUCAUGAAUUAGAAUUUAUCGGAUGUUUAACAUAUUGUUUAUUACAAUUGACAGCCGAUAUAAAAAUAAUGUUAGAUACUAAUAUGAAGACUACUUGGCAUGUGAAUCCACAAAUCGAAUCCAGUGACGACAGAUUAACAUCUCAUCAAGGUCAUAAUCUUAUGGCUGUUGCCGCAACUAGGGUUUGGGAAGAACUUUACGUCUGUAAGAAACCUGCCAUAGAGGAAGUUUUUAAAGUAACACUAACAUCUCCAGUCGGAAAUGAACGAGCACCUGAUUUAUCAAUUGUUCGAGAACAAGUGCACGAACUUGCGCAAAAGUUGUGGAUGAAUUAUGUAGGAUCGGAAAGAAAAGCACCAUAUCGAGCUCCUUGGGAACUACAUAAUCAAAUUCAAUCAGCAAUUAACAACAAAAUUCAAAAAGUGACCGGAGGUUUAACAAGAUUAGCUAGCCGAACUAAAGUUAGAAAGGAAGAAUCUGUUAAAAUUAAAUUAAAAUUGCGUUACAAAACUGUCGUUCAAUGGACUGAACAAAAUGUAGCCUUAGUAAGGGAGUUAGCUGCCGCAAGAAAAUUACAAUAUCAGCAAACUUAUCAACAUACUCAACGUUACGUUUAUCAAGAAUGGCUUCAAACUGAAACAGAAUUAACAAGAGAACGUGGCUUAUGGGGACCACCAACACCUACAGUACUUGAUAAAUGGAUGCUUGACAUGACAGAAGGUCCUUGUAGAAUGCGUAAAAAAAUGAUGAAGAAUGAAUUAUUUUAUAUACAUUAUCCUUAUAGACCUGAAUUAGAGCACCCAGAUAACAAACAAUUGAAGUACAAAGUAGCUACUAGUCUGGAUAGUAAAGAGUAUUACUUGAAGCAACUAGGUAAUUCUUCGGGAAUGUUUGAACGUGAAAAAGAUCCAGUAAUUGACGACGUACCACUAAAUAUGAAUGAAACUUCUACUGAAAAUGAGCCUCCAAUAGUGACAUGUCCAUUAGCAAGACAUGCCAGUGAGCCUGAUGAAUCAACAGAAGAUGUUGAGCCAGAAGAAGAAAAUAAUCAAGGCAUUCCUGACAACCAAACUCUUUUAAGAUUAUUAGAAGAGCAUGAAAAAAUAAGUCAUAUGUUUAGAUGUGCUAGAAUACAGGGAUUAGAUACUACAGAAGGCCUUUUAUUAUUUGGAAAGGAACAUUUUUAUGUUAUCGACGGAUUUACUUUACUGAAGUCUAGAGAAAUUCGUGACAUAGAGAGUUUACCAGAAGCUUACGAACCUAUAUUACCUUCACCUGGAUCACCUAGGCGUUCUCGCGCAAUGAGACAAUGCUCAAAGUUCAAUUAUGAAGAUAUAAGAGAGGUACAUAAAAGACGAUACUUGUUACAACCAAUGGCGCUUGAAGUGUUUAGCGGAGAUGGACGAAACUAUUUACUGGCUUUUCCUAGAAAAGUACGUAAUAAAGUUUAUCAAAGAUUUAUGACUUUUGCUACUGCUAUCGCUGAUAGUGCCCAACAAUCGGUUGCUGGACAAAAAAGAACCGCAAAUGUGGAGCAAGCAACUGGGCUACUUUCAAGUCUUAUUGGUGAGACUUCAGUUACACAGCGAUGGGUUAGAGGAGAGAUAUCGAAUUUCCAAUAUCUAAUGCAUUUGAAUACUUUGGCGGGUCGAAGUUACAACGAUUUGAUGCAAUAUCCAAUUUUCCCAUGGAUUCUUGCAGAUUAUGAUAGUGAAGAACUUGACCUUGCCGAUUCCGUCACUUUUCGAGAUUUUAGCAAGCCCAUGGGGGCCCAAAGUCCUGAAAGGCUUUUGCAGUUCAAAAAAAGGUAUAAAGAGUGGGAUGAUCCUCACGGAGAAACUCCACCAUAUCAUUAUGGAACACAUUAUUCUUCGGCUAUGAUAGUGUGUUCUUACUUAGUUAGAAUGGAGCCAUUCACUCAACAUUUUCUUAGACUACAGGGAGGUCAUUUUGAUUUAGCAGAUCGAAUGUUCAACAGCAUCAAAGAAGCGUGGCUUUCAGCUUCUAAACAUAAUAUGGCUGACGUUAAAGAACUUAUUCCAGAAUUCUUUUAUCUCCCAGAGUUUCUUGUGAACUCGAACAAUUUUGAUCUAGGUUCAAAACAAAGUGGUGUUCAACUUGGUGACAUUGUUCUUCCACCUUGGGCAAGGCAAGAUCCUCGUGAAUUUAUCAGAGUACAUAGACUCGCACUGGAAUGCGACUAUGUGUCUCAACAUCUUCAUCAAUGGAUUGACUUGAUAUUUGGAUACAAACAAAAUGGGCCGGCAGCAGUAGAUGCAGUGAAUGUCUUCCAUCACCUUUUUUAUGAAGGAAAUGUGGACAUCUACAAGAUUGAUGACCCUUUGAAAAAAAAUGCGACAAUCGGAUUCAUCAAUAAUUUUGGACAGAUUCCAAAACAAUUAUUUAAGAAACCUCACCCAGCCAAAAAAAUGACGCAAAGAACGAGUGUUAUCGAUCCUGGCCCAAUAACUCCCGGCUUAAGUAUAACAACAUCAGACCGUUUGUUUUUCCAUAAUUUAGAUAAUUUGAAACCUUCUUUGCAAUCCAUUAAAGAACUAAAAUGGCCAGUGGGACAAAUUUUACAUAUUGAAAAAGCUGUACUUGCUGUUGAACAAAAUAAAACGUUGAUUCCUCCAUCGUAUAAUAAAUAUGUAGCAUGGGGAUUUGCUGAUCAUUCACUCAGAGUUGGAAAUUAUGAUAGUGACAAAGCUGUAUUUGUUUGUGAAACAAUGAUGCAAAGCAGUGGAGAAAUCGUCGCCUGUGUAUGCCCAUCUUCAAAAUUGAUAGUUACAGCUGGAACAAGCUCCGUUGUAACUGUGUUGGAGUAUUCAAAGAGGCAACUUUCAAUUAAACAGUGCCUAUAUGGCCAUACAGAUGCUGUUACUUGUUUAGCUUCAAGCCCGGCCUAUAAUGUAAUUGUUUCUGGGUCUAGAGAUGGCACAGCAAUUAUUUGGGAUCUUUCAAGGUGUUUAUUUGUUCGUCAACUAAGAGGACACGCGGGACCUGUUGCUGCUGUUGCAAUCAAUGAUCUAACAGGCGAUAUUGCAACUUGUGCAGCAACGUGGCUACACGUAUGGAGUAUCAAUGGAGAUGAAUUGGCAAAAGUCAAUACUUGCGUAGGGAGGGCUGAUAGAAUGCAACAAAUAUUAUGCGUAGCAUUUAGUCAAACACAUGAAUGGGAUUCACAAAAUGUUAUUAUGACAGGUUCGACUGAUGGAGUGGCAAGAAUGUGGUCUAUGGACUAUGUGCAAGUCCCUGCCGAAGAAGAUAAAGUUGAAGAAGUCGAGAUGAACAAGAACCAAAAUAAAGAAAAAUGCAAAGAAGAAAAUAAAAAAGAAUCAACGAAGAAACGAGUUCAUGAAUUAGUAAAACAAAUGAGUAUAUCGAAUGAAAGCUCAGGCACCAUGGCAAAAAGUGGUUCCGAGAGCAGUUUGUCAGAAGCGGAAAAUUCAAAAGAGGCAUCUAGAUCACACGAAGAAAAAGAAGAAUGUUCUGAUAAUGAAUCGAGUAAUGGAUCCGUAAAUAAACUUUCCCCUCAAAGUAAUGCGUCUACCGUGGUUCUGAGAAGGAAAAGUCGAGGUAAUCCAUUAUUUAGAAAAAGCGAAGGAGGCGGACGUGCUGACAGUGAAGGAACUCAAAUGAUUGAAUCAGCUAACAGUAUUGUGGAAUCUGACACGGCUAUGAGAACUAGUAAAAGUGAUACUAGUCUUACGGAUAGCUUUGUUGUGAUAACGGAGGCUGAUAUAAAAUCUAAACGAAUUAAUCCUCAAAAUGUUUUACGAGAGGGUUUCAAGUGGCAAAGACAGCUUGUCUUUAGAAGUAAAUUAACAAUGCACACUGCCUAUGACCGAAAAGAUAAUGCUGAACCCGCGUCUAUAACAGCACUAGCUGUAUCAAGAGACCAUCGAACGGUUUAUGUUGGGGAUACACGUGGACGUGUUUUUUCAUGGAGCGUAUGUGAACAACCAGGUCGAAAUAUUGCUGAUCAUUGGUUGAAAGAUGAGGGUGUUGACUCUUGCGUAGGUUGUGGAGUUAAAUUCACUCUUUAUGAAAGAAGACACCAUUGUCGGAAUUGUGGUCAAGUAUUCUGUGCUAAGUGUAGUCGAUUUGUAUCGAAAAUUGCAAGGUUGGGCAUUGUGAAGCCUGUACGGGUGUGUCAAGGAUGCCAUUCUAUGCUACAUUCUCAAAACUCUACUGAAAGCAACUCUUAAUGAUAUAUAAUUCUUACAAGUUAUAGUAUAUCUACGAGUUAUGAAAAAUUAGAUUUGUUUGUAUAUAGGUGUGUGAUGAAAAAAUCAGUUUGUCAUAUUGUUUGUUCAGUUAUAACAAACAAUUAAUCAAUGCAACAAACUAAUUAUUGAAUUCUCGUGUAAAUAUACGUUACAAAUAUUGAAAGCUAUUGAAAUAUAAAAAAGAAAAUACUGAUCAUUUGAUCAACAUAUUUAGUUCUUUAUGAAAGAAAAAACAAUUAAAUGAAUAUAAAUAUUAGAAAAACCGGGACUGACAUAAAAUUUGACUAACUUAUUAUCUUUUUUAAUACAAUUUUAUACUAGUCUGCUUUAUGGUGAACUUUUUUUUAUACGGAAAAUUGUAUUUGUAACAACUGAAUGAGACAUUAAUUAUUUUUUAUCUGUGAUUUUUAUGUACCGAACACAGAUUUACGUGUGUUGGGAAUUGAUAAACGUGAUUAUUAUUAUUUACAAAUUGUAUUUACAAUUAUACAUAAGAUUUAUUAAAUGUAGCUAUUACAAUGUAUAAACCACGUUAGCUUACGUUUUUAAAGUUUUUACUUUUGUUUGCAACAAUGCAUUAAAAACUUAAUUUAAAAAUAAAUAUGUAAUGAAUAUCCAAAUUAUCAUUAGUAUUAUAUUUUUGCCACAAGAAAGAUGCAAUCUGUAUUAAUAUAGGUUAUUUAUUAUAUUAUAUUAUAAAAAACUAAUUAUUGAGACAUUCAUAAUUUCAUAUAAUAAAAUACGGACAUCAAAUAAACUAACAUUAUUGAAAAUUAAGUUUUAUUUUAACUGGACAUAUACAAUUAUAAACCAGCCUUGACAAUCGAAUUCCAUAAUAGAAUCAAUUUUAUUUAAGUAUGUGCUAACGUUCACAUUCUGCACUAAAAGUUACGCUGUUCUUUGAAUGUUUAUAGAUUUUUGAAACAGAUAUUGGUAUUGUACUAUACUGAUUCAAUUUUGAAGAAUUCGAAAUUCCCUAUGUUGUCAUUGAUACAUUAGAAAUUUGCGAAUAUAGAGAAAUUUAAUAAUUAUGGUUCAAAACGCAAGUAGCUUUAUUUUUAAUAAUGAUAGUUCUGAAUAUUGGUUUCCAAACUGGAGCUUAAUUUGAACAAAUAAAAAGUAUAAAUAAUUUCAAAGCUUAUAAAUAUAUGUACAUUGAGACAUUUUCAUUUAUAGCAUUACAAAACAUUUAAUCACCCAUCUUAAGUUAGAGAUAAACAUUUUUAUUUUUGGUAAUUAUUAAUUCUGAUCAAAUACUUCUUUUGAUUUAAAUUAAUAUAUAAAACUAAAUGUGCGAUUUUAGAACGUUUUAUGUAAACCAUGAGACUCAGCUAAUAGAUUACACUGUUUAAUGCUAUCACUAGACAAUAUUAUAUUUCAAUAGGAAAAGAAACAAUUCAUAGGCAAUAAUAAGGGUAAAUAACGUUCAAAAUCUAUAAAGUGGGCCUUUACCCUUAUUCUAUUGCAAAUAUGAUCGAAAUAUACGAAACAAUGUCAGUUGUAAACGCAAAAUAUUUUGUGUUAGAAUAUAGAAAAUAAAUGAUUGGUUCAAAGAUAGUAAUCAAUUACUGCAACAGAUUUUUUUUAAUAUUAAAAAAUGGUAAGUGUGUGUGUGUGUUAUAUAUAUAUAUAUAUAUAUAUGUAUAUAUAACAAUACUAAAUCUCUGCACAAAUAUCUGUCUUCGAUUUUUUUACAAAAAAAAAUUGAACUAUAACAAAUUUGAGUUUUAUUUAAUUGCAAAAUUUGUAUGCAUGAGAAACUUAUACUGAAAAGAACAGAUCGAGGCUUCAUAUUUGAAUACUUCAUAAAAAGAUAUGUAGAUAUGUGAAAAUGUCAAAAACUUGUAAUCAUUGUCUAUAAAAUGUGAAAAUUGUAAAAGUAUAUUUAAAAUAUGUAAUUUCUACAUAUUUGCCUUCAAAGAUUCC